CCUUCCUCAAAAAACAAGUUAUGGCAGAUAAAAAAUCGCUAGGACGUCAAAAGAUUCCUAUGGCCAAAAUAGAAAAGGAAGAAGCCCGAUACGCAGCAUUUUCAAAGCGUCGGAAAGGUCUGUAUAAAAAAGCUAGCGAAUUGAUUGGAGAAUAUGACGAUCUUGAUAUAGCAAUAAUAAUGUUUUCUCCCACCGGUAAGCCUUACUCUUUUUUUCACCCUACGGUUGAUGUUGUUAUUGAUCGCCUUUUAAAUCCAAAUACGUUGUCAAGUGAAAGUAAUAGCCUUGCUGCUGAAAACUCUCGGAACAAAGCGAAGGAACUGAAAGUUAAACUUGACGAAUAUGAUAUUCCAAAAAAUGAUGAGACUGACAAGAUGAGAUUGUGGGAAUCCAUCAAGGAAUCUGAUGUAGAGGAGGUGACAAAACAUGAGAUUUGGUUGAACUCCACUGUUGCUGGCUUGAAAGAUCGUUUGAUGCAGUUGACAAAUGGUGCUUCUCCCUCUGCACAAUCCCCUUCUGAAGAUGCUAAUUAAGCAUAUAGUGAUAUAUACUAUAUCGAGGCCCCGUAUAAUGAAAGUUUAAAUUCAUAUAUCUUGAAUGUUCUUAUUUAGUUUUUGUUUUAGUUUAGUGUUUAAAUUUGAUUUUCUUACUUGAAUUCAAUAGUGAUUUCCAUUUAUGAUAAUUUGAUAUUUGAGUUGUUUGUUAAAAUAAUUGUGUGCU